AUGGCACCAUCAGCCACUACAAUGAAGUUUCUUUCUUUCUUUUUCAUCGUCGUGUUCGCCGCCGCAGCCUCAGCACAAGACCUCAGUCCCUCGUUGGCUCCAGCACCAGGUCCUGAUGCUGGAUCUGCCGGAUCUAUUACAAAUUCAGUUGUUAUGAUUGGAGCUUCAAUUGUUCUGUCAAUGCUCGCCACCUUCAAGCACUAA